UUUUUCUAGUCACAGCACGACCUAAGUUUUUACCCGCCUCUUUGAAUGAGGAAAGCGAGGGAUUUGGUCCAAACCUCAGGCAGACGCUUCCUCAGGCUCCCAAACUCUAAGACACCCAAGAUGGAGGAUAUAUCGGAGCGAUACGGGUACAAGCCGAUGCUGCGAUGGAACCCUCAGGUGGAGGAGUACUUCAUCAAAGCCUACGGAGCCGACCAUUUCUCGCGUAUUUCCAAUGCCCUAACGCAUCCGUCUUGCUACUCUUGUGUACGUGUGAAUACACUCAAGUCAACAAGUGAUGCCGUUAUUCAGAAGCUAAUGGCAAUUAUGAAAGAAACAGAGCAUGACGAUGCUAAUGAGAACUUAAAUGAAUAUGAUGCCAAUGUCAAUGCUGAUACAGGCUUGAAGCAAAAAGGUUGUUUGAAAAAAACUAACAUUUCCCUGAAUUUGAGUGACUGUAGUAAGGUGACAAAUGCUCUGAAAGAAAACUUCCAAACUGGUCCCAUUUCUAAGUGUCAGUUCCCUGGGUUAGACUAUGUGGUGUUUGUCAGGGGUUCAGGACCACAUGUGAUUGAUUAUGGUUAUAUACAUGAAAAACCUCCUAAGGAGGUAAUUGUGAGCCGGAAAUGUGCCGAGGCAGUUCUUCGAGGUGCUCAGUGCUCCGUUGAGAGGGGAAAAAAUUGCGGUUUCAGUUGCUGUGGAGCAGCCUGGUCCCUGAUGGCGGAUGGGGGAACCGGUGCCAACCACCGUGGGGACUGUUCUGCAGGCUUGGAGACAGGUAGAGAUGGUUCAUUCCCUGCUGAACUGACAAAUAAUUUUAGUAUAUUGUCUGCAUUAUAA